AUGUCGUUUCUCCAUCGAAAUAUCAUCAAUGCCGAAUCUUCGCCGAGUCAGCCUGUAUCACCCUUUCUCCAGAUUGGCCUAGAGAAUAACAGCUCCUCUUCGGUUAAUCGUCCGGGGAGAUUUUCCUCUCCUCCAACUAGCCCCACUUUUCGAAGAGGAUCUUUAAUUUCAAAAUCAUUGUUUGAGGGGCUUCCUGGAUUUAAACGAUCUUCUCAAGAACAAUUUGAAUACAUUCCUCAAAAGACGAAAACCAAGCGCUAUAAAAAGAGUGUUAGCUCAUCGAAAGAAAUCGAGGAAAAAUCCUUAAAUCCAUCAAAAUCAUACAAAUUCUUUGAGGAAAUAAUUUUGAAUCCUAAAUCGUCUGGAAAUAGAUCCAGAAGAAAAUCUACAAUUUAUCAAAUAACUACCGAUUCUAAAAACCACAAUUUGGAUGAAUCUCCUUAUGAAAAAUUUCAACGAUUGAAACAUGAAGUGGAAACAUUUGUUUCAGAAAUGGAAAAUCUGGCAUCUUCAAAUAAGAAAUUACAUUCUGAAAGUACUUCAUAUUAUCGGGACAUGCUGAAGCAAUCUCAGCAACUUGAACAACAAUUAAAUGACCUUAAAGAAAGAAAUCACAUUUUACCGGAAGUGCUGUCAAUUGAUGAGAAGGAACCGAGUGCAUCGCAGGUUCUUUUAUCUGCUGAAACCGUUCACCAAGAGCUUGGAAUAUUGUUUGAGAACCAACAAAAUGAAAGACCUUACACUUCUAAUAGUUUAAAUGCUUUGACCAAAUCCUCUGAAGAACAGGAUCGAGAGGAUAUGAGCAAAAUUUUGAAGCUUGAAAAACGAUUAGCAUUGCUAGAAAAACUGGUGGGAAAUGGAGACGAGCCACUCCCUGUUGAUUCGACCAAAAUCAGCUACAGCAUUGAGGAAUCGAGAGUGAAAUUUAUUUCAAAAGAAUUGGACUCUAUUUCUUCUUCUGAAAACCUGGGAAUAGGCUUCAACUCUGAAAAAGUCGACAGGUUAUAUCAAAAAGUACGAAAAUGGGAUGAGCUGGCAAUGCAGGUGCCAAUGAUUGUAUCUCGUUUGCAAACUCUAAAAAUUGUACAUGAUGAAGCCAUUUACUUUGCAGGCACUGUAACAAAGUUAAAAGAGCAACAAGAGGAGUUAAUGGAGCUAUUACAUGGAAAUGCGGAUGUUUUGGAAAAUUUCAACCAAAAUUUUAGUGAAAAUCUCGCUAUCAUUAAUAAUAACAUGAAAUCUCUUCAGGAGAGAAUUAGAAACUUGGAAAAGAAAUAG